GAGAUCUGCUGCGCCAGGGUUUGUCUGCUCGAAGCCACCAGAUCUCCAAGAUCCCCUAUAAGCUGAUUACAGAUGUCUUCUAUUUAUACUAAAAUUGCAUUAAAUACUGCAAAACUACAGACAUGAUCCCGGAAUAGUGGUUUAACAGUGGUCUACGGGGCUCAGGAGGCUGGGCAAUAUCCGGGCAGCAUUGCACGCGGUACGAGCAGGGGUCUCGUCGCCAGCGAUGCACCCGCAGUUCGCCCUUCCCGCAACGGUUCAUGAGCCAGCUCUUUGCUCAGCGCUGGAGAUAUCAAGCAGAGAGAUGGUAUUUAUGGCCUGCCCGCCCCCCGUCUGUUCACUGUUCUUGUCUUCGCAGCAGCAGCAGCAGCAGCAGCAAAAGUAGCAAAUGCUGUUCUAUCUUCUCCACGCGGUCCUGCUUGGCUCAUGGAUCUCCAUCUCGCACUGUCAAGAUCCCCAUGUCUUCUCCCUCACCCUCGUGCCUUUCUCCGUCUCUGCCUGCUCCACCACCCCAAGCAACAGCAGUCUAGAUCUCAAACGACGAGACCUCGUCUCCACCGUCGUCUACCAGUACCUGCACACAAUGUACCUCGCAGAGAUCUCGAUCGGCACGCCCGCGCAGACCAUCUACCUGCCAAUCGACACCAGCGCAGGCGACACAUGGACCGUCGGGUCGUACUCGGCCUGCAGCGCGAAUGCCUCCUACUGCCCCUACUUCAACUCCUCAGCCUCAAGCACCUUCUCUUCCCUAUCCGAGAACUUCACCCUGCCCUCGCUCGACGACUCUUCUUCGGUUGAGGCGACGGGCGCAUACGCCGCCGACGUCGUCAAGUUUGCAAACCAGACAUUCGAGAGCUUCCAAUUUGGUCUCGCCGACGCCAGCGCGUCUUCUGGAUACGGUGCGCUUGGGCUGGGUAUGAUCUUCAACGAGCAGAGCGAGGCGCAGUACGCAAACCUCCCCCUGCGCCUGCGGUCAAACAACGUCACGCAGGUGAACCUCUACUCGCUCUGGCUGAACAGUGUGCAGGCUUCCUCUGGCUCGCUUCUGUUUGGCGGUAUCGAUCGCGGCAAGUUCACGGGCGAGCUCGAGGUGUUUAAUUUUCGGCCGCUCGAGACGGGGUCGUAUCUGGAGCCCAAUAUCUCGAUCUCAAAGAUCUCGGUUAGAUCGUCGACCACGUCGGAUGAAAUCACAGUCAUGGGCGAGAACAGCACAAACUCUACGCUUUCAAACAUGGUCGUGUACUCGGUGAUCGACAGCGGGACUCUUGAGUCCCGAUUGCCGGACUCGGUCUUGAAGCCUCUCGCGGCGCUGUUUGGAACCACGGGCUUUGACUCGCGAUACAACAUGUACAUGUAUGACUGCGACAGUAUCCCAGACCAGUACUCGAUCAUCCUCGAGUUUGAGAGCUCGCUCGAGAUCGAGAUCUCGGUCGCCGAGUCCUUUUAUCAGGUCGGCGACUCGUGUGUGCUGGGAAUCAUGCCCACCAGCGAGACGUCGAUCAUCGGCCAGACGUUCUUGAGAUCGAUGUACGUCGCGCUUGAUUACGAUAAUUACAAGGUCGGGCUCGCGCAGGCGUACUUCAACUCUGAUCUCACGUCCGUGCAGGAACUCGACGACUCCGGCAUCCCAACCGGCAUCACCGGUCUCGGAGCAUCUUCCUCUGCAACCGGCACCACCGCCACAACCAACAACGUGGUCACGACACUAAGUCUUCCCACCAACGCAGCCGCCCAGACGACCACCACCGCCGCAGCGCAAAGCGGGUCGUUGUUCGCGACGACGCUGGUGACCGCGCAAGCGACCACGACUGUCUCUGACGGCGAAGUAGUCACCAUUCCUACGCCGGUGACCACGAUCCUCGGCGAGACGAACGGCGUCGUGUUGGUGAGCGGGGCGCAGAGCGUGAAGGUGGAGGUAUCGGCGAGACUGAUUCAUUUGUAUGGCAUUGUUCUGGGUGUUUGUAUAUACGGCAUAUUGAUGUGUUAGAAUAGCCACUGUGCAUAGUUAAUACGAUUCUAGUAUGAAUUUCAAUAGGG